AUGGUGGAUGCCUUCUCGGGCACCUGGAAGAUAGUGGACAGCAAGAAUUGCUAUGACUACAUGAGGUCAAUCAGUGUGGGUUUUGCUACCAGGCAGGUGGCCAAUAUGACCAACCCUACCACAAUCAUCGAAAUAAAUGGGGACAAGAUCACCAUAAAAACACAAAGCACCUUUAAGAACUUGGAGAUCAGCUUCAAGCUGGGGGUGGAGUUUGACAAGACAACAGCAGACGACAGGAAGGUCAAAUUCACUGUGACCCUGGAUGGAGGCAAACUUGUCCACGUGCAGAAAUGGGAUGAGCAAGAAACAAAACUUGAGCUCAUUAAUGGAAAACUCUUCCUGACGCUCACCCACGGCAGUGGAGUGUGUACGAGCACCUACGAGAAAGAGGCAUGA